ACUCUUACAAAUUCUGUUGCCGUGGUUAUGUGAUUAUAUAUGUUUGUGCCUCUGGUUUGAAUUUCAGUUUCAUUGAAACUUCUUAACUAGCACCUGGGAUAAUAUAGACUCUUAUAUUUUGAUUGUGGUAAACGUUUAAAAUGGGCGAUAACUGUACCUCCAAAGAGGACAGCCAGUUGACAGCCCCACAAGAAGAGUUGGCAAGGUCAUCAAAGGUGGAGCCAAGGAGGAAGUCAUAUCAUAUGGAUGAGGGCAAAGAUGCCAAUGUCUUGUGUAAAGAGAGCAGCCUUCAAAGUGAUGAUCUUGGCAGUGAUACUGAUUAUCCUGACCAAACCGACUCUGAGAACGAGAUGAACAGCAAGGAGAGCAGUUUUCUUGGUAGCAGUAGUGAUACUGAUGAUCCUGACGAAACUGACUCUGAGAAAGAGAUGAACAGCAAGAAGAGCAGUUUUCUUGGUUGUAGUAGUGUGAUGUCUUACAAGGACCAGAUGAAGACCCCCCCAAAAGAGAAGAUAAAUCCAUCAUUAAUUAAGGUCCAGUCAAGGAAGGGCAGAUGCGGUAUGUAUUCUGGAAUGACUUUUUUUUAAAGUCACACUGUAGAUAAGAAUUGCAUAUUUACUGCACCGCUAUUUUCAGAGAGACCUGGUAG